ACCUUUCACUUUUUUUUCCAAUCCAGUUUCUCAUUAGUGACCGUGACCCUCAGUGCAACCUCCAUUGCUCCAGGACUCAACCCAAACCUAUCUGUGCCUCCGAUGGCCGGUCCUAUGAGUCCAUGUGUGAGUACCAGCGAGCCAAGUGCAGAGACCCAAACCUGGGUGUGGUGCAUCGAGGUAGAUGCAAAGACGCUGGCCAGAGCAAGUGUCGCCUGGAGCGGGCUCAGGCCCUAGAGCAAGCCAAGAAGCCCCAGGAGGCGGUGUUUGUCCCGGAGUGCGGCGAGGAUGGCUCCUUUACCCAGGUGCAGUGUCAUACUUACACGGGGUACUGCUGGUGUGUCACCCCAGACGGGAAGCCCAUCAGUGGCUCUUCUGUGCAGAAUAAAACUCCUGUAUGUUCAGGUUCAGUCACCGAUAAGCCCUUGAGCCAGGGUAACUCAGGAAGGAAAGUCUCUUUUCGAUUCUUUUUAACCCUCAAUUCAGAUGACGGGUCUAAGCCGACACCCACGAUGGAGACCCAGCCGGUGUUCGAUGGAGAUGAAAUCACAGCUCCCACUCUGUGGAUUAAGCACUUGGUAAUCAAGGACUCCAAACUGAACACCACCAAUGUAAGAAAUUCAGAGAAGGUCCACUCGUGUGACCAGGAGAGACAGAGUGCCCUGGAAGAGGCGCGGCAGAACCCUCGGGAGGGCAUCGUCAUCCCCGAGUGUGCCCCUGGGGGGCUCUAUAAGCCAGUGCAGUGCCACCAGUCCACUGGCUACUGCUGGUGUGUGCUGGUGGACACGGGGCGCCCGCUGCCCGGAACCUCCACACGCUAUGUGAUGCCCAGUUGUGAGAGCGACGCCAGGGCCAAGAGUGUGGAGGUGGACGACCCCUUCAAGGACAGGGAGCUGCCAGGCUGUCCAGAAGGGAAGAAGAUGGAGUUUAUCACAAGCCUACUGGAUGCCCUCACCACUGACAUGGUGCAGGCCAUUAACUCAGCAGCGCCCACCGGAGGUGGGAGGUUCUCGGAGCCGGACCCCAGCCACACGCUGGAGGAGCGGGUGGUGCACUGGUACUUCAGCCAGCUGGACAGCAACAGCAGCAGCGACAUCAACAAGCGGGAGAUGAAGCCCUUCAAGCGCUACGUGAAGAAGAAAGCCAAGCCCAAGAAGUGCGCCCGGCGCUUCACCGACUACUGCGACCUGAACAAGGACAAGGUCAUCUCGCUGCCCGAGCUGAAGGGCUGCCUGGGCGUCAGCAAAGAAGGACGCCUCGUCUAAGGCACAGAAAACCAAAGGGCAGGUGGAGAGACCAAGAGGCAUGAUGGACCAUCAGACACCUAACCUUCGACGCUGCCCUGGCCCGGCCACAUUCCAUGUAACAUAAGUGAUGCCCACCGUGUUUGCACUUUUAAUAACUCUUAUUUGUGUGUUUUCUUUUGGGUUUCAUUUUUAAACAUCGCUAUCUAAUACCACAGUGGGAAAAGGAAAGGGAAGAAAGACUGUUUAUUCUCUCUUUUAUUGUAAGUUUUUGGAUCUGCUACUGACAACUUGUAGGGUUUUUUUGUGGGGGGGAGGAUCUCGUUGGGAUUGAGAAGAAAGAGAUUUAUAUACUGUAUAUAAAUAUAUAUGUAAAUUGUAUAGUUCUUUUGUACAAGUGUUGGCAUUGCUGUCUGUUUAUUCCCCUCCCUCUCCCGACUCUGGGUUGUGAGGGCUCUGGACACAUGGUUCAGCUUUCUGGAAUCAAAGACGCCAUCCCUAGCUUGCUUGGGGGCUGUUUGGAGACUGAUCCUGGUGAUCAUAGUGUAGAUGCCAUUGGUUCUUUUCUGGUGAGAGGAGGGCACUGCCUCAUGCCCCAGUUGCCAGAGCUGGCAAGUCACUUGAUGGUUGACCUUCUCAUGGGAGGUUGGGUGAAGGACAGAUGGGAGUGGCCCCUACAGGAGCCCAUGGCCAACACAGGCACCCAUUCCCAUGCCUGUGGUUCCUGCCGUCCAGACCCCCAGGGUCCAGACUCAGUGGGUGCACAGUAUCCUAGGGACCCACUGAGCAAAUUGUCCUCAAAGGAUUUGCAUUAGAGACAGUUGAAAUAUUUCCACUGACAUUUAGCAUCUACUCCAUGUAAAGCAUGAGAGGAGAGGCAAAGAAGAAAGACACACGGUGGGGCCUUUCAUUUAGUAGAUGUUUAGUAUUUGAGCAGCAGAAGAAAGAGGACACAGGGCCUGCACUGGUGAGGGCAGUGCCCACAGGAAGCUUCUCAGCUCCUGCAAACCCACGAGUGAGGCUUCCCAAGACAGCUCCCAGUGCCAGAGUCAUUCCAGGCUUUCCCUUCCACCCUCCUCGAUCCCCCCUGCCAUCAUCUGGUCCUUGUAAGUCUGAGGGAGGAGCUGGGUUGGUCACCUUGUUGGUAACUCAGUCCUUUUUUUAAAAAAACCCAGUACUGAGAUUCUUCCUUUUUCCCUAAAUGCUCUUAAGGGCUUCCAGGCUUGAGGCCAGUUCCAGAGCAAAACUCGUCUUGGGCCUCCCACUCCUGCCUCCCCUAGAAGUGCAAGGAUCAGAACCCAGCUCCGGGGAAACCCAGGCUGAGCUUUCCACAGACGUUUUACUGGGAUUCCAAUGUGGGCUGCCCAGCCUUCUGGUCAGAUGUCAACUUCCUCUGCCCAGGUGGCUGUGCCCGUUUGCCCGGCAUCGGACAGAGGGCAACAAGUGACACAUAGUGCCCUUUCCCAUGAGCAGCCAUGGCGGCAGCGAGGGAGGGCGCGUAACACAGGACUGAUGCCCCUAUGGGUUGUUUUUGGAAAACUGGCCGCAUUUCCUAUCACAUCCCAGGAUUUCUGUAAAUGUGUCACCUGGGCGGACUGUGCAUCCCAUUUCAGGUCUGGGAGGAAUUGGCACUGUAAGCACUGCCCACUCCAGGUCCUGCUGGGGACGCUGUGGUGGUGGCAGGGGGAGGUGCCCCGCUGGUGUGGGGCAUGGCCUUCUCAGGACGUGCUCAGAUGGAGCCUCUGGCUGGAGAAGGUUCUUGCUGUCCUGGUGAAAGUCCCAGAGGUUGUCUCAGAGUGACUGGAAGCACCAUCCCAGCAUGUUAAGGAGGAGAGGGAGCCCUCCCCCAUCCAAGGGGGCCUGGACCAGAAAGCUCGGUGUAGCGGCACUGGUGGCCCUUCCAGGAGACCCUUGUCUGGCCUGGAAGGAACAUGUCAGCACAGAGAAGGCGCCUCCUUGUGGAAACUCAGACUCUGCCCCAGGCAUCUUCCCUUCACGUGUGUGUAGGCUGUGUUGUGUGGUUUCCUUUGUAAGGAGGGAUGGAGACUAUUUGUAGCUUGUUUUAUAAAAAAUAAAAAUGAGUAAACCUUG